AAUGACGAGCACCUUCCAAGAUAAGAUAACUCCCCGAUCAGACCUCAUCACUACUUUCGCCUAAAGCUCCCCUCUUUCUCCAUCUCUUCCUACUCACGCUCAGCAAAGAGAUGGAGUUCGAAAAGAGUGAAUUGCCGCCCUACACUGUGGCUGACACCCCUCAAUGGCGCAGGCGCCGUCCGGGACUGUUGCGCCGCUCACGAGCUGUGAAAUUCGUCGCCCUCGCCUGUCUGGGCUUCAUCGUCUACGCACAGUGGACCCAGCUAACGCCGUCGUCGACCAGCAAACGGGCUCCGACGUCGCUGUCAAUUGAGAGGCUGGAAGCUGAUCUCAGGACCUGCUCCAAGCUACGCACGAAGCCCACUGAUCCAAUUGGCCUAGGUCGUGAGCGCAAUGCUCGCUACAUCGAUGGCCACAAGCCGACACUCAUCAAGAAUGCCACCGUCUGGGUUGGCGAAGCUGUCGAGGGCACCAGCGCGGAGGACUCGUGGGCUGGGAAAGGAUUUGAGUGGAUCAAUGCCGACGUUUACUUGGAGUACGGGCUUAUCAAGCAGGUCAGCAAAGACCUCGACUUGAGCUCUGUUUCAUCCGACUACCUCGUCUACGACGCCAAGGGCAGACAGCUCACCAGCGGCAUCAUCGACAUGCACAGCCAUGCCGGAGUGGGAUCUCUUCCCGAGCUGGUCGGAAACCAGGAUGUUAAUGAGAUGUCGUCUGACACCACUCCCUAUGUCCGCUCCAUCGACGGAUUGAGCCCACUUGAUCACCAGAUCCAAGUCAUCAAGUCGGGAGGUGUCACGACCAGUCUCAUCCUGCCCGGUUCAGGCAACAACAUUGGCGGAGAAGCCUAUGUCAUCAAGCAUGCAGUCGGCAAGCCCGACGGCCGCGAAGAGAUUUCGGCUAGUGACAUGCUUGCCGACCCGGACCGCACCUGGCGAUACAUGAAGAUGGCCUGCGGUGAAAAUGCCAAGCGCAUCUACGGCAAGGUGGGUGAACAUGGGCCCGUCAGUCGUCUCGGCGAGUCCUACGAGUUCCGCCAUGCCUUCGAGACGGCAGCAACCCUGGUUCGCGAACAAAAUGAUUGGUGCGACACAGCUGAGACCUCCGGCGUCAGACACAUGGAUAGUUACCUCCCGCAGGACCUGAAAUGGGAAUCACUCGGUGCGGUGCUUCGUGGCCAGGUCCAUGUCAACACGCACUGCUACACGGUGCCUGAUCUCGAGGCGUUCGUGGACCACACCAAUGAGUUCAAGUUUCCAGUUCGCGCGUUCCACCACGCCCAUCAAACUUAUCUCGUUCCUGAGAUCUUGAAGCGAGCGUGGGGAGGUGCGCCAGCGAGUGCGCUGUUCGCGGACAACAUGUGGUACAAGGCUGAGGCUUACAUCGGGUCUGAGUUUGCCGGCAAGACAUUGUGGGAGAAUGGGUUGACGCCCAUCUACGUCAGUGACAACCCCGUUUUAAAUGCCCAGCAUGUCGUCUUUGAGGCCGCAAAGUCUUUCGGAUACGGCUUGCCAUACCAUGCCGCGUUGGCGUCUGUUACGACUGCCCCAGCCGAACGUCUCGGUCUGGGAGAACGAUUGGGCAAGAUCAAGCCCGGCUUUGACGCCGAUGUCGUCGUCUGGGAUAGCGACCCGAUGAGUGUUGGUGCUACGCCUGUUCAGGUUUGGAUCGAUGGCACAGCGCAGUACGAGGAUCCCGUCGAAUUGAGAAAACCUCUCAGCGGACCGAUUGCUACGGACAAGAGCAUCAAGUCUGUUCCGGAGGAGCCAAUUACUGCCCCCAAUGUUGUUUUCACCGGCAUUACGACAUCCUUUUUGUCAAAUGACCUUUCAAGUCUGGAUGACAGCGGUGCAAACUUCACCGUAGUCAUCUCCAAUGGCAAGAUCAGCUGCAUCGGCACUUGCGUUCGAGAAUUCGAAGCGGCCGCUAAAUCGGGCACCAGUGUCAUCAAUCUCAACAACGGCCACGUUACCCCAUCCUUCGUUGCCUUUGGCUCGCUACUCGGUUUGAACGCAAUCGACGCCGAAAGGGUUACCGACAACGGGGCCAGCACAGAACACUUCAGCCGUGGCGUCGAUGGUCUGCGUCUCGACACGAAGAAGCUGCACUACGCGCAUAAAUACGGUGUCACUCGUGCCAUCUCGGCGCCCAAGUUCACAGGAAAAAUGACACACUUUGGUACCAGUGUGGGUUUCAACACCGGUGCCCUGCACUCGUUAGAGGAAGGUGCUGUCUUUGCCGAUGACGUCGCCGUCCACUACACGCUUGACGACGCUUCCAAGAGCGGUGUUGGGUCGAUCUCCGCUGCUUUGGGACAGCUUAGGCAGAAACUGCUGAAGGCCGUUGAGGCUGAGCGUGAAGGAGAAAAUGUGGCCGAUGAGUAUAAUGAGGUGGCAUUCCUUCGGAAGGUCGUGGCCGGUCACAUACCGCUUGCCUUGACAGUCCAUGAUGCUGACGGCAUCGCGGAUGCGCUGAAGCUGAAGAGUACGGUGGAAGAAGCCAGCAACUCCACCCUGACCGUUGUCAUCAUCGGCGGCGCUGAAUCUCAUCUAAUCGCCGACGAGCUAGCUGCGGCGAAAGUGGGCGUUGUUCUUGCACCGCUGCAAUCGUACCGUGUAACUUGGGACCAGCGCCGGGCUCUGACGGGCGCGCCGUUGACGAACGGGACUGCCAUCGAUAAACUGGUUGACGCAGGUGUACUGACUGCCAUUGGUAUCGAGGAGGAUUCUUUGGUUAGCAACAUGGGUUUGCUCGCGGGUAUUGCGUAUAAAAAUAGUGGCAAGAGGCUAAGCCAGAAGGAGGCUUUGGAUUUGGUGGGUGGGAAUGUGUAUAAGAUGCUCGGGCUGAAGGGAGCAGAACAGAUGGGGGAUUUUGUCGUGUUUGAGGGUAGUCCGUUGGAGGUUGGGGGCCGCGUGAGGGCUGUUGGGAGGGGCAAGGGGCAGGUGAGUUUGUUUGUUUGAUUGUCUGGCAUUUGGAAUAUCAAGAUCGGAGAGUAUCUCACUUCCGAACACGUAAUAUAUUUGAGCUCAUUCCAUCGAAAAAUGCUCCUAGUUGACGACUGUCACCGCAAAGUAGAAGCAGAUUUGUGUAAUGUUCGCACUUAACAGGGUAACCAGUUCCGGGGGGUUGAGGCCACGGGGCAUCUUUACCACCUUUGCAGAUAGACCUAUUCAUAGCAUUAAUUCUGGCUCGUACUUCGGACCCGAC